AUUCAAUUUCUUUUACCGAAAUGGAAAAAUGCAAACCUGGUCGGCUGGUCCCAUGUAGCAUAAUGCGCUUAACCUACGCCUUAACUUUACAUAUAAAACUAAAACCCUCUCGAUUCUUCCACUCUCCAUCUGCUCGUGACUGAUCUCUUUGCUUCGAUCCAUUCAUUGAUUUAUAUCAACAAUUUCGAUCUGAAAAUGGCGACGAAGAAGAGUGUGGGCUCGCUCAAGGAAGCCGAUCUGAAGGGUAAGAAAGUUCUAGUCAGAGCGGAUCUGAACGUGCCAUUGGAUGAUAACUUCAACAUUACCGAUGAUACCAGGAUCAGAGCCGCCGUCCCCACCAUUAAGUAUUUGAUCGGAUAUGGUGCUAAAAUUAUCCUCACUUCUCACCUUGGCCGUCCAAAAGGUGUCACGCCAAAAUACAGUUUGAAGCCUCUCGUUCCUAGACUAUCUGAGCUUCUUGGACUCGAGGUCAAGAUGGCUAAUGACUGCAUCGGUGAAGAAGUUGAGAAGUUGGUAGCUGGAUUGCCAGAUGGUGGUGUUCUUCUCGUGGAGAAUGUUAGGUUUUACAAGGAAGAGGAGAAGAAUGAUCCUGAGUUCGCAAAAAAGCUUGCUUCUCUUGCAGAUUUGUAUGUUAAUGAUGCAUUUGGAACUGCACACAGAGCUCAUGCCUCAACAGAGGGAGUUACCAAGUACUUGAAGCCAUCUGUUGCUGGAUUCCUUAUGCAGAAGGAACUUGAUUAUUUAGUUGGAGCUGUGUCUAACCCAAAGAAGCCUUUUGCUGCCAUUGUUGGUGGCUCAAAGGUCUCAUCCAAAAUUGGUGUUAUUGAGUCACUGUUGUCCAAGGUAGACGUCCUGAUUCUUGGUGGUGGUAUGAUCUUUACUUUCUACAAAGCCCAGGGACUUGCGGUGGGAUCUUCACUCGUGGAGGCUGACAAGCUUGAUCUUGCAACUUCUCUUAUGGAAAAGGCUAAGGCUAAAGGGGUAUCCCUUUUGCUGCCUUCUGAUGUAGUUAUUGCUGACAAAUUUGCUGCUGAUGCCAAUAGCAAGAUUGUUCCAGCAUCUGCCAUCCCUGACGGAUGGAUGGGCUUAGAUAUUGGACCAGAUUCUAUUAAAUCGUUUGGCGAAGCACUUGAUUCUACCAAGACAAUCAUCUGGAAUGGCCCUAUGGGUGUAUUUGAAUUUGACAAGUUUGCAGCAGGAACAGAGGCUAUUGCGAAGAAGUUGGCGGAACUCAGUGGCAAGGGAGUGACAACAAUCAUUGGAGGCGGUGACUCAGUUGCUGCAGUGGAGAAGGUUGGACUUGCAGAAAAGAUGAGCCAUAUCUCAACUGGAGGUGGUGCGAGCUUGGAACUUCUCGAGGGAAAGACACUGCCUGGAGUGCUUGCCCUUAAUGAUGCAUAAGCUAUCUUGUUUUGGUGUUAGUUGGCGUGUCUGGUUUUCUGCCAAAACACAUUGUUGAGACGUUAGAGUUUUUCUUGUAGAGUGGUAGGCUUAAAAACGUAAUAAUCGUCGCCACCAUGACUGGAUAUAUCUUGGUGCAAUAAUGGAGUUUUUUUGCUUUCUUGA